UUCCAUAUAUUAUAUAUAUUUUACACCUAGAGAAAUGGAUUGUGAGAAAAAAGCAUGGUUAGUUUUGCAUCUUCUUUUAUUGACUGCAUGCUACAUGCAACAUUGUGUCGCUGAAAACUCACCUCAAGUACCUUGCUUCUUUAUAUUUGGUGAUGACUACUCUGAUAAUGGAAAUAACAACAAUCUUCGAACAACUGCAAAAGCCAAUUAUAGUCCAUACGGUAUCGACUUUCCCAAUGGCCCAACAGGAAGAACAACCAAUGGGGAAACAGUAGCUGACAAAAUUGGCAAACUACUUGGACUGAAGAACUACAUUCCACCGUUUGCAAACACUACUGGUUCUAACAUACUUCAAGGUGUUAAUUAUGCAUCGAGUUCGGCCGGACUUUUGUUUACUACAGGCAAAAUGAUGGGUACUAAUAUCGACUCGGAACAACAGAUAGCAAAUCACAAAAUUGUUGUUGAUCAAAUUGCUAUCAAGCUUGGAGGUGUUAUAAAUGCUAGAAAAUUACUCAAGAAGUGUGUGAUUUAUGUGGAAACAGGCAGCAACGAUUACUUAUUGAAUUAUUUACAACCUCAACUCUUAUCCAUAACUGGCACCCUUAAUGCUGAGUUGUUUGCUCAACUUCUUAUUGACCUGUAUGCUGUAGACGGAGAGCUUAUGUACCAAAUUGGGGGAAGAAAAUUCGUGGCAGUUGGGCUAGGAAAAAUAGGUUGCAUUCCAAGAAUCAUUGCUUCGAGAAAUGGAUCGUGUGAUGAAGAGUUGAAUAAAGCUGCAUCAAUAUUUAAUCAAAAGUUAAAAGCUCUAGUCGAUCUAUUCGGCAUCAUACAUCCUGAUACCAAAGCUAUUUUUAUAAAUACUACUGCCAUCACAUUUAACAAUUCAUCCGGUUUUACGAAUUUCAAUGCUUCUUGUUGUCCAAUAAAGCCAGACGGGUACUGUAUUCCUGAUUCAAAACCAUGUCAAAAUAUCAAUGAGCAUUUAUUUUAUGAUGGAAUUCAUCCUACGUCGGCUGCAAACAACAUCAUUGCAUCUCGUUCGUAUGAUAGUGCUAAUAAUACAGAAAUAGCUUAUCCAUUUGAUAUCAAACGUCUUGCUGAAUUCAACAUAGGAAGUAGUUAAUGUUAUAAGAGUGUCAUUAAAUAAACUCAAUUUGUUUGCCUUACAAAACUAUAAGAUCACUAUAUAAUGUGCAAGCAAUAAGCAAUCAUAUAUUGAGUAGUAUAAAUUUGAGCUGAUUAUAUAAUGUGUAAGCAAUAAGCAAUCAUAUAUUGUGUAGAAUAAAUUGGGUUGAUUAUAUUAUGUGUAAGCAAUAAGCAAUCAUAUAUUGAGUAGAAUAAAUUU